AUGAAGCCAUUGAAAGCUGUGAGUAACUCUAAUGGAGCUCCUUCUCAAAGAGCGAUAGAGCCAUGGAGCAGCAGCCAUGGAAGCUCGACGGCGAUUAGCAAUGGCGAAGUCGGUGAAAAGGGACUGAUUAACGGCGGAGCAAAAUUAGUCAAGAAUAUUUGGGCCUUUGUUUGA